CACGCGUUAGCCUCCCGCUACUGCAGUAGUGGUCCUACGGCUCGAAUCCCGUGAACACUGUUGCUAUAUAUCAUCGCGCAUUCGGUAAUAAUUAAAGUCCCGUGUCGGUGGAACUCUAUUCGGAAAAUACUUAUAGUCGGUGAUUUUUUUUUUCUUGGCCGAAAUCCGGUGGUCGUACGCAAUACCAUCGCCAUCGUAGUAUAUAUAAUAUAGAGUCACUUUAGUGUCGUCGUCGUUGUCGUCACUCGUUUCUGCCGCCAACCGCCAUGAUGGUCAUGUCUCUCGGAAGCUCCGCUGUCGUCAAGUAACCACCAACAACCGGCAGCAGCGCGACAAUAAGAAGCUGCAACGUCGUCGGUGGCCCAUAAACUACAUCACAAUUAUAUUCUACGAUAUAUACAUUAUACGGUGAACGUGUGUGUGCGCGCAUGUGAGUGUAUAUGUGCUCCAAGAAGAAGGGAUGUAUUUUACGAAGCCGUCCGAGAUGAACGAUUACAAAUAUUCGAAAACCGCGUCGAUGCUUGGCAAGCUCGUCCACGUAAUAAGGAUUUUCGGCGUUUUCACAGCUAUCGUUAUGUUCGGGGUAGGUGUCGACAUCGCAAUACAUCAUCACGAAUUUGGACUUUACAUCAUGCUAAUGUCAUUGUUGGUGUUUUUUUUGGAAAUUACUUGGGCUAUCACAUUGUUCCUAAAUGUAUGCAUAAAAAACGAAUUCAAUCCGAUAUUCAACUGUUGGGAAAUAGUGUUGUGGUUGAGGCUUUGGAAAAAAUCACUGCUGUACACAGUUUUCUCGCUGGUAUUCUUUUUAUGGCCACAUGGUCUGUGGCUCUCUAACAUAGCAGGUGCUCUGCUGUUGUGGCUAUCAUUUUUAUACAUAGUCAUCACGUUCAAAGACUACGUACACAAACGUUCGGACUUUGUUAUUGUGCCCAAAGGACAAGCGUCCACGUCGUACGACCAGUAUGAUGACAUAACUGAUUUACUCGGAGACUCUAUUCAUGUGUCGUUGUCCGCCGACAAUCUAUCAGAAUUAGAUCAGGAUGGAAUAUUAGAACUAUAAUAAUAUUAUGUACAAAUAUUUGUGUUAUUUUUAAUAAUAUAAUCUGUAAAUACAUUCUUAUUUAAUAUUUAUUAUUAAAUAAAUAAAAUAUAAUUU